AUGACGAACCCUCAAUCAUCUCCGAACGAUUUUCUCUUGGCUGCGAGCGUUGCUGACGCUGUUAAAUCUGGAGACGGUGAAGGCUUUCUGAAAACAGCUUUGUGUCCCGAUGAUCCUUCCGGCCGAAAGCGGAUGAUUUCAACAAGCCUUUUCCUUCCUUUGGUUGAACGGUGGGGAUGUUCUAACCCAGUUCUGAGACCCCAUUACCCAGAACUGGUCGACUGCGAAUGGCGUUACAGUAUAACUCUUGGAUUGUACAGGCAUGGCGACAGGACUCCUAUCAGCUUUUAUCCAACGGACCCUCACAAAUGCGAGAAACUCCGGCCAGUCCGAUCCGGACAGCUUCUGAACACUGGUAAAUUGCGGCACUUCCAGCUGGGAAAAUGGCUGCCUGAGCGUUAUGCUGACUUCCUGGGAAAGAAAUAUGAUCCCGCGGAGUUCUUCACCUUAGUCGUAUUUCCUCAACUCAGCAAGAAGAUAGCAGGAACUAAACCUUAG